AUGCUUGUGUUAAAACAUAAUUCAUUACCUUUUGAAAAAUUAGUAAUAUGUGAAAAAACAAUGUUAAGUUUUAAAGAUAACAAGUUAACUUCGCUGGGAAUGCAUUUUAAUGUAUGGGAUUGGUCAAUACCAGAGUUAUAUGGAAUAGUGUUGGGUAUGAUGGUGAAGUUGGAUUUGAGUGAAUGUUUACAAAUACGCAAUUCAGAAAUGUUGGAUUUUAUUAUUGACGUUGAGAAAGGUUAUCACGACACUGAAUACCACUCGUUCUAUCACGCUGUGGACGUUGUAGCUGUGCUAUAUUACAUGCUAACAGACUUGGGUGCUGCAAAAUACUUGACACCAUUGGAUUCAAUUUGUUUGAUGAUAGCUGGUUUGUGUCAUGAUAUUGGUCAUCCUGGUUUGAAUAAUGUUUACCAAGUUAAUGCAAAAACACCAUUGGCAAUCAAAUAUAAUAAUCAAUCUGUGCUUGAGAAUUAUUCUUGUGCGUUGACAAUGGAACUUUUGACUAAACAUAAAUUGUUUCGCAAUUUGCACAGUUGUAAUAUCGAGUUUCUGGGUAAUGAUCAAAAAGAAAUCGAUUCAUUCUUGAGAUCGUUAAUAGAGAAAAUGAUUUUGGCUACUGAUAUGAUGCAUCAUUUUACUUUAUUGGAAUCUUUGCACAAAAUUAUUAAAUCAACAAAGUCAUCAUCAUCAUUGUCAUCAAAAAAAACUACCAAAAAAUCAACAUCCACAAAGCACUCUACAAAAAAAAAUUAUUAUCAAGAACAACGAGAGAUUUUCUUAAAAGUAUUACUUCAUGCAGCAGACCUAAGUAACACAGUGAGACCGUGGGACAUUUCAAAACAUUGGUCAGAUUGUGUUGUUGAGGAAUUCUUCAAACAAGGAGACUUGGAAAAGCAAAAAAAUCUGCCUGUCUCCCCAAAUAUGGAUAGAGAACAAGCUCAACAGCCCCAAAUUAGUUUAGGAUUUGGUGAUUUUGUUGUCAAGCCUUAUUUCGAAGCAUUCGCUUUCAGUAAUAAUAACAAUACAAGUAAGAUUGUCAAUAAUACUUCAAAUCCAACAAAUUCAACAUCAAGAUCAGUCGCAAAAGAAAUUCUAUCUAACAAAAGUAAUAAAAAACCAAAACCUGAUAAUAUUCCAUUGAUAAAUAUUAUCAACAACAACAACUCUGAAAAAAUUUCAAAUGAAGCAUCAAAAAAUCCUGCAACUCUUACCAAUUCCUCAUCCACAUCAUCAUAUUCUUCAACAUCAAUGUUACCACCAUCUCCUCCAGCAAGAUCAAUUACUAUUCCAACAUCUACUGGUCAACGUCGUGUUAGUUUAGCUGCAGGUUUAUUAAUAAUUCCAGAUGAUAUUCAAGAAAAACUACAAAAAAUGAUGCAAUCGUCCUCUUCCUUUAAGAAUCGUCGUGCUAAUGCUAACGGUGUUAGACUGAAACGUAGUUUAUCUGGUAGAUCUUAUAGUACUCAUUCAUUAUUAAUAUCUUCAUCUAAUGAUAUCAAUAAUAAUAAUAAUGAUGGUAUUGAUGUUAGUAGUGAAGGAUGCAAUUGUGGUGUAAUAGAUGUCGUUGAUAAUGUAGCUGACGGUAACAUAGCUGAUAAUAAUAGUGGGUGUGGUGGUGAUUUGAGCAGAAAUAGUUCUACUCGUAAUAAUCAACAGCAUCACCAAAAAUGUAUAAGCAAUAAUAAUAGUCGUAUUGGAGGUGGAAGAAUGAGACGUAGUAGUUCUUUGGAUCAUAAUAUGAUUCGUCAAAUAACUUCAACUUAUGGAUCAUCAUCACUUUCUUCUCCACCAAAGAGUUAUUAUAGCAAAUUAAAAUCUUCUUAUUUUUGA